AUGAAGGACAAGUGGUUCCAGGCCUACCUCGCCGGUGUGCACACGACGGUGUUCGGCCUGAAGCCGGCCAGGGACAAGAUGGUGGUGGAGUCCACUGUUGAGCUGAGCCCCUCGGAGCUGUUGCAGAAUUCAACACAUGUGGCGCAGAUGGACGUGUCAAGGGAGCUCACGGAGACGAUGAACGUGGUGGGCUUCGUAAGGGAGUGCCUGGCCGACGAGCCCGUGGGCGCCGUGCAUUCGCUCUACUUCGAACCCACCGACCCCCAGCCGGGGAUUCGGUUGCGCCAACGGCGGGUCACUGCCGAUCGGGCCUUCCCGAGCUACGUCUACGAACAGCAAUCCUACGCCUGCUCGGGCGUCAGGGUUGCGGUCAUGUCGAUGUUGCUGGCGGUAGUUGCAACGAGCUUAGCUGUAGCGGAGAAGGAGCAUUGCAGCUUGGCCCAGGAACUGGAGGAGGAGGCGGUUUUGCUCGAACGCCACCAAGACGUGGUGCACCACCACCCUGAGAGCGAGCACACCACAACCAACGCAGCAGAGCCACAACAAGCGCAGAAGCCCGGCCGCCUCACCGAGAAGCAGCGCCAGCAGAAGCGAGAGCAGCGGCAGGCGCUCAAGGAGUCCGUGGUCGCCGUCAUGCGCGCACAGGAGCAGGCCUUCGAGGCCCAGCGCGACGAGCUGGAGGCCAACAACGACAACUAUGCCGGUGAGCCCGAGUUCGACCUGGUGCUGGGCGACAUGCAGCUCAAGAUGGCCCGACUCGCCCAGCAAGAGCAGGAAGACCCGCGCCUCCGCCUCAACUACGCCCUUUCCGUCCCUGUGCCCGCCUUCAAAGAGAAGAAGGUCGAGGCGAAGGGGCAGAAGGUGGGUUGGGGCGGGUCGUUGGAGGUCCCCGCGCAGGGCAUGGAGAGCCGCGGGUCGUGGUCCUGGGGCUGGUCGAAGUCGUCGUCGCAGGGUGGUGGCGGCAAAACCAGCCGACCACGCGCCGACUCAUAA